AACGCCCCGGGAAGCGAUCGACGGCCGCAACAAGCAGCCGCUGCCGGCGAUCGCACGUGUGAUCGUCGUGCGCUGGCCGGCGGCGGCAGUGGGCAGGCGCUGAUGCUGAGCUUACGAAACGGCAAGAGCCGCGGAAGCACUCCGAAGGACGGCCAAGGACGCAACACCACCACCGCAAACAUCACCGCGCCGUCGACAUGGACCUCAAAAGCUACCAGUUCUCCGUCUUCGCGACCAUGUUUUUCGGCUACGCCUUCUACGCGUACAACCGAAAAUCCGUUUCUCUCGCUCUUCCCGAGUUGAUGGAAGAGGGAUUGACCAAGGAACAGGCAGGCAUGAUCAUCAGCAGCCAGAAUUUGGCUUAUGCCGGCAGCAAGUUCAUGGGCGGCGUGCUCUCUGACCGACUCAGUGCACGCCUGCUCUUUGUCUGUGGCCUCAUCCUCAGCGGCGUGGCGACCUUGCUGUUUGGUACUUCGCCCAACUCUGUACUGCUCUUCUCUGGAUUCUGGUUCCUGAACGGACUGGCCCAGGGAUGUGGCUGGCCAUCUUGUGCCAAGAUCCUCAGAAAGUGGUUCUCACCGUCUCAAUUCGGCACCUGGUGGAGUGUCCUCUCUGCAUCUGCAAACAUCUCGGGUGGAGUGGCUCCUUUUCUCUCUGCAUUCCUGAUCCUGAACUAUGGCUGGCGCUUUAGCCUGACAGUAGCUGGAACCGUGUCAAUCGCCAUGGGAGCCGUAGCCAUGUUCACACUGGUCAACUCCCCGACCGAUGUCGGUCUAGAAGCACAGGAUGCACCUGGCAAGAAAGCCGCAGCAGCUAAGAAGGAUGUAGCAAGCAAAGGAGAGCCCCAGAAGCCGGCGGCCGACGACCGCAGCUCAGCGACUGUCUGGGACCUGAUGGUUAGUCCAUUCCUGUGGCUCGUGUCAUUCAGCUACCUGGUCGUCUUCUGCGCUAAAACGAGCGCUGUCGAUUGGGGCCAGCUCUACGUGAUGGAGGACCUUGGACACUCGCACUAUGCAGGCAGCGCACUAACAAGCAGCAUAGAGUCCGGUGGGUUCUUUGGAGGCAUUCUGGCCGGCUUCCUCACUGACUGGUUUCUGCGCCGGCAUGUCAAAAAGGGCAGCAAAAGUAAUGCAAACCCUAGGAUACCCGUUGCAAUACUCUUCAUGGCUGGGGCAACCGGCUGUUUUCACCUGUUGUGCUUCACUGUAGGAAAGGGGUCCUCGGAGCUGUGGAUAUCCAGCAUUGGCCUGGUCCUAGGCGCCUGCCUCUAUGGACCUAUUGCCAUCUUUGGCGUUGCUGCUUCAGAGUCGGCACCAGCCCACUUGUCGGGAACAUCGCACGCCAUCGUUGCACUUGCAGCAAGUAUUGGCGCUGUCAUUUCUGGACUGCCGUUCAGUAUUGUAGCCGACCACUACAACUGGGGUGCCGUCUUCAUCCUCCUGGAGGUGUUGUGUGGUGUUACGUCUGUGGUGCUCUUCCUGGGGAUGAACUUCAACGCGAAAAUGGGAGCAUCGAGAUCAAAGAAGGACUAGGGUCGACAGUCAUCACACCUACUUUUGCCUACUCAUUCCUUCAAGCUUCCACUUACAGACCUCAUCGUUAUUGCAUCAUUCCUCUCGCGUAUCAAACGACGUUAGACUUUCAACUUGGAGACUCUCGCAUCAUAAUAUGAGAGAAGGAAGCGGCACUAUUCUGUAUUUUCUGAAUUCCUCGGACUCCUUCAAAGAAUGCCCAAAUUUAUGAGGAAAUGCAGUUGGUUACAAGACAAGAAUUACAAGCUAGCAGGCAUCAUUGCAAGCAGUCAUGGGAGGCUUGAGUUAGACAUCACUUCCAAAAACCUCUUUGACUUCCCUGCCCCACAUUUAUAGCAAGGUCGCCUGCCACUGUAGAGAAGGUGCACUGCCACCAAAUAUUGAGCUUAUACAACUGUCAUUAUCCUUCAUACUAUUAAGGGGUACCAGGUAAAUUCAGGCCAACAUGUGAACACCUUUCUCAAAGCAAGCCUGAGUAAUCAGUGUGGCUUCUCUCACGAUGACCUGAAACUAGCUAAAUGCUGCCUCCAAACAUAUGAUAUAAAAGCCUCGGUUUGUUUGAAUUAAAGAUGUGCAGUCUUACAUUUUAUUUCUAAAUGUGUUUUGAAAACUGGCUGAAUUUCUUUUAAGACAGCAUGAGGAAAAAUGGUAACAAAUCUGGUCGCUAUGAUUAAUUACGAUGCUCCAUUGCUCUGUGUAAUAGUGGUGGGCUUUCUCAUGUUUAACAACACUAAGGUGUCAAAAUGAACUUACGUACCUGUCCUAGAAACCUAGCAUUUUGAGCAUGCAAAAAGCUCUGAAUGUGAGGGUACGUAUCAAAUUGCCAUUUUUGGAAUGACCGUGCCACAAGUCCAAAGAAAUGCAACAAGUGAUUAUACAAUUUUAAUGAUUGACUCGACAUGUACUAAGCCAAGGUCCGUUCAUUAUGUGUAAAAAUAGUUGACCUGCUAUGUACGCAGCCAGCUUCCUUUCCUCAGCCUUAUCCCAUUGUCUAAGGUGAAAGUGGGAGGUAGACUGAGAGAAGAUGAAAAGGGAAGAAGAGCCAGCAGAGUUAGUCGAAUGGUGCAUGUGUGUCUGUUCAGUUUGAUAUGUGUUUUAUACUUUAUUCUAGCUUGAAGCUACCUGUACUACAGAAUCUGUGGCUACUUUACAGCCAUAAAUUCAGGAAAAGGGAAAAUAAAUGUUUCCACUAUUCUGUAGAUUUUAAUUACUGAAGGGAAACCUGGAGUUGCAAUUGGUUAACCACCAUUGAAACUGUGGGUAGCAUG